CAGCAUUUCCUCAUACUUGCAUAAUACCUGUCAGACAGCUUGCACCAUUUCAGUAUUUAAUACAGUUUCUUUUUUCCUUUAAACAUCACAAGUGAGCACCAUCCACUAUGGACCGUGUGAGCCUGCUCAGCACCAUCCUGCUUGUGUACGGAUUUACCACUGUGGCUACUGUAACUACAGCACCCAAUACCACUACAACUACUGUAACAACAGCACCCAAUACCACUACGACUACUGUAACAACAGCACCCAAUACCACUACGACUACUGUAACAACAGCACCCAAUACCACUACGACUACUGUAACUACAGCACCCAAUACCACUACGACUACUGUAACAACAGCACCCAAUACCACUACGACUACUGUAACUACAGCACCCAAUACUACUACGACUACUGUAACAACAGCACCCAAUACCACUACGACUACUGUAACAACAGCACCCAAUACCACUAUGACUACUGUAACUACAGCACCCAAUACUACUACGACUACUGUAACAACAGCAUCCAGUGCCACAACCGUCCACUCCAGCACUACAACACCUACACCAACUUUGGAACCAAAACCUUCUGCACCUGAAACUGGCACCUACACAGUGAGAACUGAACAUGAGAUUUGCAUCAAAGCAGUGAUGGGUCUAGAACUGGAACUGACAAUUUCUUCAAAGACACAACAGUACUUUAAUAUUGUACCAACACAAACAGGCUUCAAUGGGACAUGUGAAAAGUCAAAGGCAAAUCUAAACCUGACAUUUAAAAACAGUUUUAUCAACUUUGUUUUUGUUCAGGAUGACCAUUCUUACUACCUUGAUAGUGUAACUGUGUCUUUUAAUCUUACAAAAUCAGAAUCUUGGUAUGGUACUGCUUCCAAUCAAAAAUUAUUAGAAACAGAGAAUGGCUACUCUGUAAAGUGUAAAAACACUCCCAAAAUACAGCUGGGUGAUACCAUUAAUCUUGUGAUGACAAAUGUACAACUUCAAGCCUUUAACAUUAAGGAUAGCAAUUUUGGCCAAGAAACAACAUGCAAAUAUGAUCACAACUAUGGUCCAAUGAUUGCUGGUAUAGUUAUUGCAGCUGUAGUUGUUUUGGGAAUAAUUAUCUACUUUAUCUGGAGCAAGAAAAAGUCAUCAGGAUAUCAAAGAAUAUAACUGCUGAAAGUAAAUAUGGUAUCUUGGGAAAGAAAAAAAGAAGUGCCUUUCAAUGAAGAACCCAAACAACCUGAUCAACAUCGACAUAAUAACUUGCUUAUGAUGCUCUAAUUUUACAGGAACCAAUUUCCUCUGAUGUAACCUGCUGAAGAUCAAUGUUAAGAAUCUUUUGGACAAGUCAUUUUCUGCAUUUACAGUUGUAAGGUAGUUAAAGGGGUUGUUCACCUUUAAAUUAACUUAUUGGGGCAGAUUUAUCAAGGGUCGAAGUGAAUUCGAGGGA